AAAAAAAAAAUAUACAGAAGAGAACAAAGUCCAUUGAAGCACCUGGUAUGGUUUUUUCUUUCGGCAUCUCUCUAUUAUAUAGGUGAUGAUAAUAGCUUCCAAGAUCGCAGCUUUCUUCUUCCACAAAUUAUUGCUUCGUCUUCUCGUAAUUACAUUAAUGGCUUUGGUUAAACCUGGAAAGAAAGCUCUAUAGAGGACGGAAUAUAAGGGGGAGGAGAGAGAGACAGAGUGCAUUUGCUCUGUUUUGGUUUUCCCCAUUUGGAUGCGUCUCGUUUCCCAUAAACAUUCCUUUCUAAUAACCCUUUCCAUCUCUGUUGGAGCCAACUCAUCAGUCAUCUGGAAUUCUGAAUCCUGUCAAAGCUUACUGCCGUUAAGUCUUAUUUGUUUUUGGAUUUGGGAACUUGGUUGCUUUCCAUCUUUCAAGCUGUGGCCUUUGGGUUCAGUUAAAAACCCUAUAUUGGGUUUGAGGUGGAAGCAGGGAGGGUUGGAGGAUCGGAUUAAGAAACUUGUAGUAUACCUAAAUAGUGAUCUGCUGCGGCGGUGGUGACGGAGAUGACCGUUGAGGAGAAGUGGGGAAGCAUGGGGGGAGACGAAGAUCAGGGAGAUCAGUUCCCCAUUGGGAUGCGCGUGCUUGCUGUGGAUGACGAUCCAACCUGCCUCAAGGUGCUGGAGAAUCUGCUUCUGCGAUGCCAAUACCACGUUACAACGACGAACCAGGCAAUCAAGGCUCUGAAUAUGUUGAGGGAGAACAAAGACAAGUUUGAUCUGGUUAUAAGCGAUGUUCACAUGCCGGACAUGGAUGGUUUUAAGCUUUUGGAACUCGUGGGGCUUGAAAUGGACCUCCCUGUCAUAAUGUUAUCUGCAAAUGGAAACAAAGAUGCAGUCAUGAUGGGGAUAUCUCAUGGAGCUUGUGACUAUCUACUCAAACCAGUUCGGAUUGAAGAGCUUAGAAAUAUUUGGCAACAUGUUGUCAGGAGGAGAAAGUUUGAUCACAAGGAACGUUGCAGUUUUGACAAUGGAGAAGACCAUGAUAAACCUUUAGCUGCAAACUCUGAAGGCACGCAGACUAUUGGCGAUAAUGGACCAUUGGAUCACAGUGGCAAGGUUAACAGAAAGAGGAAGGACCAGAAUGAAGAGGAUGAGGACUACUGCGACGAAAAUACUCAUGAAAGUGAGGAUCCAUCUAGCCAGAAAAAGCCUAGGGUUGUUUGGUCUGUUGAGCUUCACCGCAAGUUUGUUGCAGCAGUCAAUCAAUUGGGAAUUGAUAAGGCUGUUCCUAAGAGGAUACUAGAUCUCAUGAAUGUAGAAAAGCUUACAAGAGAAAAUGUAGCAAGCCAUUUACAGAAAUAUAGACUCUACCUUAAAAGACUAAGUGCAGUGGCUAGCCAACAAGCUAACAUGGCUGCUGCUUUAGGAGGAAGAGAUACCUCUUAUCUACAUAUGGGCACAUUUAAUGGUUUUGGGAAUUUUCAUGGUCUAUCAACUUCAGGGCCGCUUCAAGGCUUCACAGCAUUUCAACCAAGUGGAAUCUCCAGAAGAACAAACCCAAAUUUGUUAGGACUACCUGGACUGGCUCCUGGAACUGUUCAAAUUGGCCUUACUCAAAAUACUACAAACAAUCAUAUGAGUGAUCUCUCUAAGUUUCAGCACAUAGUUGCUCCUUCAAACCAACAUGAGAAUUUACUUCAGGGAAUCCCGACUUCUUUGGAACUAGACCAACUGCAACAAAACCAAAAGAGGAUACAGGAAGCAAAUAACCGCUUGCCGGGUGUUUUCUCUGGCGCAUCCAACAAUAGUUUCAUCAGUGCUGCAAAUAGUUCUAUGAUAUUGCAGGGACACCAACAACAAACAGAGUUGAGAGGAUUAAUCAGUCAGUCUUCAAUUGCAAUGCCAUCUAUUGGAGCAGAUCGUCUUGAGAUGAGCAGUGGAGUGACUAGUCAUUUGCCUGAUCUCAGUAGAUGCAAUGAAACAUGGCAAAGUGCUCCUUCAUUGAGUGGAUACAAUGCCAACACUUUGUCUAUGGGAAGUUCUUACGGUAACGAUAAUAUGGCUUCAAGCAACAUGGGUGGAAACCUCGCUUCCGCAGUCCCACAGUUCAAUGGAAAUCCUUUGAAUAUUACCUCUAAUAACUUACUGACGACGGCCCAAGACUCUUUAAUGGGAAGGGAUAUGCAAUGUCGAACCAGCUCUCUUAGUGGUAAUACAUUGCUUAUGCCUUCUGGGAUUGAUGUGGAUCCCAAGUUUUUGAAUUUCAAAAGUUCAGCAAACCUUAAGCAGAAAUUGGAGGACCCAACACAACUUAAUGCCCUUGAAUCAAACAUUACGUUGAGUUCUUCCUUGACCUCUACUUUGCCAAAUCAGACUCUUCUCAACACCGUUGCCGAUAGCCAGAGGUUGCACAGUCGAACUUAUAGCAAAAAGGUGGAUGGAAAUACGAUUAGCCCGCCUUGUUUUGAUACGUCGUUCAUGUCGGUGUAUACCAAGAUGAAUAAAUCAAAUAUUGAUAGCCGGCUUACAUUUAAUGAGGAAAAUAUGUUGGGGUCAUCUAAGAUGCAGGGUGGGUUUGCCUCUAGUAAUUGCAACUUUGAUGAGCUAAUGAAUGCUAUGAUCAAACCGGAGAGAGAUGAUGUCAUAUUUGUGGAUGGAGAAAUAGGCUCUGAUCUCUUUCCUUUGAGCACUUGCAUGUGAACAACUUAUUUUCCAGGCGUUAGAACUCUAGGAAAACCUCUCAACUUGAGAUGUUUCCUUCACUAGAACUUUGAUGAUUUAAUGAUCUUAUUUUCACUUUUCUUCUUUGAUGUAUAGUCUUUAGAGGAUAGUUGGAAAACUGUUUUGAGUUACUUCUUUAAUGUCAUUUUUACUUAGAAUUUUGUACUUUGCUAGCUUUUAUCCUCAUCUGAUUAUUCUAAGCUUCAGAUUAGGCUUUGUUAUCUGAAUUAGUUUGAAUAGAGAACUCUGAAAUUUCAUAAUGAAAAGGUUUAUGUGAAUGUAAGCUUCUUUUA